UUCAGGACAGGUCUGUCCACCAGGAUGCGUGCUUGUGUGUUGCUCUCACAAUUGGUGCGACAGCCUGUCAGUCACUGGGGAGCGCAUCCUAUUAGUGAGUCGCUUAUUCUGGUACUUCCUGGCUGCCAGCUGAUUGGCCCAGGCUGAAUGGUUAAGUGACAGAGGAGGACACGGAGAGCAGCGGCUGAAAACAGUGAGCGGUAUCGACACACCUCUGGCACCUGGGUGCCAUCAUGGAAGUAAGCCAUUCGGUGAAGGAAAGAACAAUUGCUGAAAACAGCCUAGUCAUCCUUUUGCAGGGGCUAACCGGUCAUGUCACAACCAUCGACCUGCGGAACGAAAGCUCUGCCACAGGUGCUAUUGUCAAUGUAGAUGCUUUCAUGAAUAUACGUCUGGCAAAGGUCACAUAUAGAGAUCGACGCGGGGAGGAGGCUAAACUGGAUGAUUUAUUUAUUACUGGACGCAAUGUUCGAUAUGUCCAUAUACCAGAUGAAGUGGACAUCAUUCAUACUAUCGAAGAACAGUUGACGAUGAUCCAGAGUGUCAGAGGAUUUGGUGGAAAGGGAAGAAAAGAGUUUACCUUAAGUAAGGGCAAGUGAUUUCCGAACUGUUUAUCCCAAACAAAAAGAACAAACUACAAUAAACGUUCUAGUUCUUCAUUAAAAACCUGAAAAAUCCCUCCCCAAGCACCUACCUGAUUCUUGAUCUAGUGCACAAAGGAUUCAUGUGUUUUAAAAUGACAGCAUUCAUCCAUAUAAUUUCCUGGUGUAAGAGCCAUGAUUCUAUUCUGGCAUCAGUGUAGAGGAAAAGGGAGAAACAAAGGCAGUUCUGGACUUUAACUUUAACAGUGAAAAUACUGCUUGUAAGUCCAGGAUCCUCUUUAUGCUGCAUUAAAUCCAAAAUUAUCUUA